AUGUCACUUGAAUAUAGACGGAAACUUGUUAUUGUUGGUGAUGGUGCUUGUGGAAAGACAUGUUUGCUUAUUGUUUUUUCUAAAGGGACUUUCCCGGAGGUUUAUGUUCCGACCGUUUUUGAGAAUUAUGUUGCGGACGUUGAAGUUGACGGUAAACAUGUAGAACUUGCACUUUGGGAUACUGCGGGACAGGAAGAUUAUGAUAGGCUGCGUCCUUUAUCAUAUCCAGACUCCCAUGUUAUCCUUAUUUGCUUUGCAGUUGAUUCACCUGAUUCUUUGGAUAAUGUUCAAGAAAAAUGGGUUCCGGAAGUGUUGCAUUUUUGUUCAACUCUCCCUGUUCUUCUUGUUGCAUGUAAAAAAGAUCUUCGUCAUGAUAUGAAAACUAUUGAAGAACUUCGUAAAACAUCUCAACGGCCUGUUACGACUGAGGAGGGACGAGCUGUUUCUGCUAGAAUCGGUGCAGUCGAUUAUCAUGAAUGUUCUGCAAAAACAAAUGAAGGUGUUCGUGAAGUCUUUGAGUCUGCGACAAGGGCUGCAAUGCUUACAAAGCAAAAAAAGACGAAAAAAUGCAUUAUUGUUUAG